UAUUAGGGUUAUUGUUAAACAAUGUUAUUUCCCUAAUUCUGUUCUUCAAAAUUGUAUGCAGAACAUCGCUUAUGGCUUAUGAAAGCGUGUUUACUAUUGAUGACUAUGUUUUAUUUGGACUCGUUAUUUGUAUUUAUCUUUUCUCGGGCUAUCAUUUUUCACGGGCUACAGGCAAGACCCAAAAUGAUGAAGAUUUCGAGUUCGCAAGUCGGUCAUUUAACGGGAAAUUGAUGUGCAUGUCCUUAGCAAGUUCUAUGAUACCGGGCUUAUCUAUUUUGAAUAUAACGGUGCAAUUUUAUUACAACGGUCCUGUAGUGGGGUUGAUCCUGCUCUCCUAUUUUAUUGGAAUUUCAAUUACUGCUGUUGUUUUCAUACCACUCUUCUCACGUUUGAACACAUCCAGCAUAUUCACAUAUUUAAAGCUUCGAUUUUCAAGAUUCAUUCAAGUCUUAGCAGCUAUUGUCUUUUGUAUUCACUUGGUAAUAUUUUGUAUCCUGAAUUCGUAUGUUUCCGUAUCAGCGCUAAGUGAAGCUACUGGUUUUCCAUCACAAACUGUUGUAUUAAUAGGAAGUGUCACUACAUUAUAUACAACAUUGGGAGGUUUACGUGCUGUAGUAUGGACCCAGGCGUAUCAGUAUGUAGUUGUGUGUAUCGGACUAAUGGGAUUCGUCAUUAAGGGUGUUAUUCAGCAACGUUCGGACACAUUUACAUCUUUCAAACUAUUGGGCGAUAGUAUAAGCUCCCCAGUUCCAUUAUGGUAUUGGACAAUGUCGUAUAUGAUAGGUGCAACUUUCCAAGUGAUAUCGGUUGUAGCUGUUAACCAGUCGUAUAUCCAGCGAGCUCUUGCAAUUCAACCACAGAAAAGGAAAAGGGUUUUCUUAGGCAGUUUGGUGCCAAUAUCUGUAAUUUUUCUACUCCUACUUCUCUCAGCUCUAAUAAUCCACGUAACAAGUUACGACUGUUCUUAUUUGUAUCCUGAUCUGCCAUUUCUACAGGUUCUGCCCUAUACUGUAGCCCAUGGAUUGAACGAUCAUCCCGGGAUGUCUGGUUUCUUCUUAGCCGUUGUCUUUAGCGCAUCGAUGAGCUCUACUUCUUCAACUUUGCAUUCGGUAGCUACUAUUGUGGGUGAAGAUUUUAUUAAAAGUACAUUUGGCGAAUUACGAGAUUCGGUGUACUUGAUGCUUCUUAAAGGAUUCGUAAUUUGCAUUGGCGUUAUGGUUAUUUUUGUUCCGUUGCUAAUAAAUGGUAACCAGGCUCAACAAGUAAGUUAA